GCUGGAUAGAUGAUAGUUAGAUCCCUGUUGACAGUUGACCGACAGUUUUCGACUACAUCGAUUCAUCAUGGUUCUUCAAACUCGGUUCGUCUUUCUACUUCUGCCGAUUCUCUUCACCACUGGCUUUGCGAGCCCUCUCGAUGUCGCGGAAGAGAACAACGUCGGAUCCAAGAAGGUGUCGGCUAAAAUCAACAAGUUGUUCGACAUGAUGUUGCCCUCGAUUCAUAACUUUAUUCUGAAGCACGGAUUGGAUCCUAUGCAACUGCCGGAUUUAUCUGAAAAACUGGAAGGGGUAAUAAUUCAUGACAGAGUUCUCAACUUGACGAACGGCUGGCUCCAAGGGCUAUCGGAAGUGAGACGAGCGAACGAUAUUAUUUUGUCUUAUCAAGAUAAAGUUGUAACCGUGGAUGUAACCUUAAUGUUCGACGUUGCUGAAGCCAGUUACAAAUACCUUCUGAAGGACUUGCUGAUCUCGAGGAAAGGAGAUGUUCAUGGUGGUAUCAGGAACAUGCAACUGCGAAUAAUCAUUGAAUUCGAUAUGAACAGCUACAAACUUGCUCUCCCCAUGGUUAAGAUCGUUAACGUCGAGAAAUUUAACGUCAGUUUCGAGGGCAAUAUAGACGACCCGUUACUGAACGCUGUGGCCAAAGCUAUUACCGACGUAUUUCGUGCAAACAUUAUAAAUAUAGUGAACCAAGAAUUUUCGAAAGAGGUGAAAGUAUUAGUUGACGAAAUCAAUAAAAAGAUUCCGCGACCGAACCAACUAUUUGACUACAGUAAUGUAUGGGACUACGUGUAGUAGCUAAUUAUGACUUUGCCUCGCCUAAUAUGUAACAUUUUGAUUGAACAAAUGCGUGGAGAUUCUUCUUUUCGAAUGUAAAAAGAUUGAAGAUUAAUAAAGAUUACAUCUUUUUUUUCCGAUA